ACUGAAAUCUGUUUCAGUUCUAAAACAACUCUUGCCAGAAUAGGUUCGGUUUAAAGCCAGAAAAUGACUGACGAAAUUGAGAACCUCAAUAAAGACCUAAUCAUUCCCGACUGGAUCAAUGAAAAGUACUUUAUAGAAGUCUUGGCCAAGGACGAGCCGGAUCAUGUCAAGGUCCUUAAGUUCACUCCCGUGGCGGCAAUUCCUCCGGGAGAGAAUUUUACAUCCACUAUGCUUCGGAUUUUUAUUAAAUUGGAAAUGAAGGAUGGCAGUAUCAAAAACAAAACAUACAUCUUGAAGAUAAUGCUGCCGGAAGAUCGCGGCGGCAAGGACUUUGGUGACUUUGGCCUGUUCCCCAAGGAGGCCAAGAUGUACGACACCUUCAUUCCGGCCUUCGAAGCUCUCUACAAAGAAGCUGGCUGGGACAUUCAACUGGCGCCGAAAUGCCUAAAAACUGAGGAGCGGAACGGGGAGAUCCACUUCAUCUUCGAGGAUCUGCGCGUAAAGGGAUUCGCAAACAUGGACCGAACCACGGGACUGGACAUGGAACACAUGACGGCUUCGCUCCACAAGUUGGCGGAGUACCAUGCAGCCAGUGCGGUUUUCGAGGAGAAAAACGGACGGUAUCCUGAGGAGUUCUACGAGGGAUUCGUGACCCGAUCGUGCAAGAAGUUCCACAUCGAUGGGUUUCGCUUGAAGGAGAGGGCCUUCAAGAAGGCUAUGCUCACCUGGGGCAUGAAAGAUGCUCAGAAAUACGUCGAUAAGUUUCCAACUGAGGAACAAUAUUGGGCCCAGUGCCUGGCAACUUUGGACUACAAAAACGAUGAAUUCUACGUCCUUAGCCACGGUGACUUCUGGUCCAGCAACCUCAUGGCGAGCUACUUGCCCGAUGGAGGUCUAAAAAAGCUAAUUCUCAUAUACUUCCAGCUAUCCAAGUGGAGCCAUCCGGCCGAAGACCUGCUGUUCUUCCUGAUUCUCCUCAUAGUUACAGUAUGA